GCUAUAAGUCAGAGGGAGGCAGAGCAGAGUAAAAAGGUUGCUAAAGGAAAGGCAAGGAAAAGGCUGGAAUUGAAGAGAGGGUUUAAAGAAAGAAAAGAUCAGGAGACAAAAGAAAGAGAAGGACUUGACAGCCAGUCAGAAUGAGUACAAUUGAAAGUGAAGGAUUUAAGGUAACAAAAGAUCUUUAUGGUGGUAUGGUGCUUAAAACCAAAGAUCAAAGCUUUCAAUCUGCUGAUGAAUAUGAUACAAAAUUAGCAGCUGCGAUGCCAAAGUGGGAAGCAGACGGGGUUCGUGGAUUCUGGGCAAAGAUUUCAAUAGAACAUGCUCAUAUUUGCUCAGUAUUUGCUAAGUAUGGUUUAGAUUUUCACCAUGCUCAAUCUGGUUAUGUUAUGAUGGCAAAAUGGUUACCUACCACAGAACCUAGCAUGAUACCAGAAUAUGCCAACCAGUAUCUAGGUGUUGGAGGGUUUGUGGUAAAUGAGAGGAAUCAGUUACUGGUGAUACAGGAAAAAUAUCACCCUGGAACUGCUCAAGCCAAAUGGAAACUACCUGGCGGACAUGCUGAUAAAGGUGAAGAGAUAUUUGAGACAGCAAGACGUGAGGUGGUAGAGGAGACGGGUAUAGAAACAGAUUUUGUUGGUAUUUUAUCAUUCCGCCACCAACAGAACUAUAGAUAUGGAUGUAGUGAUUUCUACUUCAUCUGUGUAAUGCGACCAAUCAACAAUGAGCAGGAAAUUAAAGUGUGCCAACAGGAGAUUGCUAAUUGUAAAUGGAUAGAUAUAGAUGAAUACUUGGAUGAUCCAGAUAUAACUGAUGCUAACAGAUAUUUCACACAGUGUUAUAAGGACAGUAUUGCCAAUGGCAACCUACUUAUAGGUGCCUCAUCUGUGAAAUCAUUUAACAGAAAGUCUACCCACCAAGUUUACAGUAUACAUACACCUAAACCAUUAGUCAAUAAACAAUUGUGAUAUGCUGAACUAUUCAAUUUUAGUUAUUGUUUCAAAUGUUUAGAUUAAUUUAUCCUAGUUUGUCUCUUUUUUCCGUUAUAUUGAUAAUGUUCAUGUAUGUAAUGUAAAAAAUCACGACAACACAUUGUACUAGUUUUGGCUUUAAUACGUCUUCAUCAGAACACUGACUUUAAUUAAAGUCUGUGAUCAGAAAUCAUGUAAAGAAACAGUGACAUGUAUUUUAAUUGUGUUUUAAUGUUGUUGUUAUAACAUUUUUUCUGCUAACUUUGAAUGAUACAGUUAUCUUGCUUUGAACUUACAUCUUAGGGAUUUUAAGCUAAUAUGUUUCAGUGAGUAACUAUUAAUAUUAUAGAGACGUUUUAGUCUAUCCUGAUGAAUUGAAAUGUAUUUGAUAUACAUGGUUCUCCGAUGGUUGUUGAUUUAUUAUCAAAAUCUCAUGUCCUUCAUGUGAAGGUCCUCAGGUUCAAAUUUCUUCAUUUUAGUCAUUGGUUUAGUUUUUUUGCAUCAUUUCUAACUUGACUGAUUUUUUUUUUGAAAUAUAAUACACCGAUAAACACUUUCAGAACUAGCAGACGACCGCCUUUUCUUAGCAGUAGUAUUUCGAGUAAAGAUAACGGGUUGCAUAUCUCACUGUAUAAAUCGUAUGUAAAAUGGUCUGACGUAUGGUAGGUUUAACAGUUAAUUUGAAUACUUUUGAAGUCCAAAGAUGUGUUGUAUUUUAUACUGUGAUGAAGCUAAGGUCCAAAGCUUUCUAUUGGUAUAAUACAUUUUAAAAUCGUACAUUUAAUCACAACAAACUAGCGGUUUAAAAAGAGCUUAUUUUGUAUUGUUCCAGCAUAAGCGAUAUAGAUUUUACACGAAGAUAAGGGAAGAAACUCGUAUUUUUUUCACUCGAUACACCUCGGUUAUUUAUGUAGAUCAUAUUGAAAGUGUCUAUGGGUGUAUUCUGAAAUAUCUCUUUGUUGACCCACCAAAAUCCAUAUGAAAAGCAGAAUAUUUUUUCUUACAGAUCAUGUUAUUUUUAAUUUAUAUAUAAUAUAUGUUAACUAAAUACUUUAUUCCAAUGUCAUGGAAAGACAAUUAAAACCUGAAAAUGUAAUGAAGUACUUAAAGGGACUCCACUGAGGUUUUUUUACAUGAUGGGACUGAAAAGAUUUUUUCUAGAUAAAUGUACAUUUGAUGUAAAUUUAGACCACUUAUCUUUGUGCAAAAUUUCAGAUCAUUCGCUCACACUUUUUCCAUAAUAAUUAUUCAAAUUGUAAAAAUGACCUAAAAUGAAAAGCAUUCAAACGCUUUUCACUGAAAUCAGGCUAAGAAAAGCAUAAAAGUACAAUUUUCAAUUUAUUUCAAAAUAUAUUUUUUAACUAUAUUUGCAUAUAUUUCUCUUUAAAGUGCCAUAGCUCAUUUAUGUAAGAAAUUCAAAUGUUAUGUUUUUAGGCUUUUAAACCUCAGUCGAGUCCCUUUAACUGUAUUUUUUUUCUAUCUCAAAGUAAUAUGUACUUGUAUAUAUAUAAAAAGGGUUGCUAUUUUUAAAGUUGAAUCAUUUUAACAAAUUAUAGAAUCUUAUCACAUGUUUCUAGAUUGAUGUUAAUUAUUGGCAAAGUAACCAAGAAAAGCAUCUAUAUUGUUCAGCAGUUUCAGCGUGAAAAUGUUUGAAUGUCGGUCUUAUAUUGAUUUGUUCAUUUCAAUUAUGACUCUUUAUGAUUUUAAGUAUCAUGUAACAAGAAUUAUAUACAGAAACAGACAAAGGUAAAGAUAUUAUAUGAAAAA